GUCGAUAUUUUCUGUGAUAUGAUGUGAUUUUGUGAUAAAACUUUUAGCGCGAAAAAUACAGAAAUGCUUUAUUCUUAUAAUAAUGACUAAACAAUAUUCCGUCUAUAUUGUGAAUAACUCGAAGAAAUUAAAAGAAAGUACAAAAUGGAUCAAGAUAAUCGUGUGGUAGUCCUAAUUGACAUGGACUGUUUUUAUUGCCAAGUGGAAGAAAAACUCAACCCUGAAUUACGUGGAAAACCUAUAGCUGUAGUGCAAUAUAAUCCUUGGCAAGGUGGCGGGAUCAUAGCAGUCAACUAUGUAGCAAGAGCCCGCGGAGUUACACGGCACAUGAGAGGGAAUGAGGCUAAAGAGAAGUGUCCAGAUAUAGAAUUGCCAUCUGUUCCCUGUCAAAGAGGCAAGGCUGACAUAUCUAAGUAUAGAGAUGCUGGUAAAGAAGUAGCUAGAGUACUGCAAAAGUUCACACCUCUCCUGGAGAGAGCUUCCAUUGAUGAGGCUUACCUUGACAUUACAGCUCCAGUGGAAGCUCGACUAAAUACUCUUAAUGUAAACUCAGUACGCACUGGAAUGAUGCCCAACACCUUUGCCCUUGGCUAUGAUAGUGUGGAUGAGUUCCUGGCUGACAUCCACUCAUGUGGCUUUGAGAAUAUUGAGUUUGACUAUGAGCAUGCCAAGCGGUUGCUUGUAGGUGCAGUUAUUGUCAGCGAGAUCAGGGCUGCUGUUUAUGAAGAAACAGGGUACAGAUGCUCAGCAGGCAUAGCUCACAAUAAAAUGUUAGCCAAACUAGUUUGUGGAAUGAACAAACCUAACAAACAGACUAUCCUUCCAAAACAUUCUAUUAAUUUAUUGUACAGCACAUUGCCACUGAAAAAAGUGAAACAUCUUGGAGGAAAGUUUGGUUUCACAGUUUGUGAAGUAUUGAAAAUAAGCAAAAUGGGAGAACUACAAAAGUUUACAGAAAAACAAUUACAGUUGAAAUUUGAUGAGAAAAAUGGAACGUGGCUACAUAAUAUUGCGCGAGGAAUUGACUUGGAACCAGUUCAAGCAAGGUUCAAUCCUAAAAGUAUAGGAUGCUGCAAAAAUUUUAAAGGGAAGGCUGCUCUGCUUGACUUAGAGAGCUUGCAGAGGUGGCUUAAAGAUCUGGGUGAUGAAAUAGAAGAUAGAUUAGAGCAAGAUGCAAUAGAAAACAAUAGGACACCAAAACAAAUGGUUGUUAGCUACUCUGUGCAGGUCUCUGAUAGCAGAGACAUAAGUAGUUCUCGAUCAUACAAUUUUAGCCCUGAAGAUGAACUGUGUGGUGAACUAUUUUCAAAUAAAGCUUUGGAACUUCUAUUAGAAAGUUCUGAAGGAGUUAAGAGUAAGGAUUGCACAAGUAACAGGAGGUUGAAAGCUCCAAUAAAAUUCUUAGGUAUUAGUGUCGGAAAGUUUGAAGAUAACACAGAAGUGAAGAAAACUAAGAAAAUUUUAGAUUAUUUUGUUGCUGGAUCAUCUAAAGAGGUUAUUGCUAAACCUAGAGAUGGCACACAACAAGAAAAAACUAUGUUUGAAACAAGUAAUAAAAUUAAAUCAGAACCUAAGAAUAUAGGUAAAGAUUACAUAAUGCAAAAAUUUUUGCAAACUACGCAAAAACAACAAGAAAAUGAAAGUACACAAAAGGAGAAUAUUGAAAUCAUCAACAAAACAAACAAUCCAGUUGUGGAGUCCAGCUUAGAAAAACAAGAGUCAUUUUUUGCAAAAAUGUUGAAUCAAAACAAGUGUAAUUCUAAUAUUAGUAGAGUGCAACAAACAGAAGCCGUCGUACAGAAAAUACGUCCCACUACACCACUUUGUGAUGUAGUCGCGUGUGGGGAAGAUAGUAAUGACUCGAAUUAUUCACGCUCAACAAUUAACGAGGAAAUAAACAAUAGCGUUGCUUUAUUUGAAGAGGACCCUACAGAAGUGGCUCGUGUUAGAAGUAUGAGGGAGCUGUUAACUAGUUCGAGAACAAUCAAUGAAGAUGACUCUGACACUGUAUUGGAACCUGAACAACAAAGUAAUGCACUACUACAGAAAAGCACAACUCCUCGAAAUGAAUCUCAUAUAGAUACCUAUAAAUGUCCUGAUUGCGAGAAAGCAGUACCUAUUACAGAAAUUACUGAACAUUCAGAUUUCCAUCUUGCUUUAAAAUUGAGAGAAGAAGAGAGGCAAAACGUUCGUAAAGAAAUUAAAGAAAAAAGGUAUACAAAAUAUAAUCAGAAUGUGGAAACCCAAAAGCAACUAGAACAGACCUCUAAGAGUGAAAGUGUGCCUGCUGUAUCUUCUAUAGCAAACUUCCUAGUUAAAAUAGAUGACAAUAUUCCAACAGAGGUUUGUUCAACCUGUGGCAAAAAGGUUCCUAUUGAUAAGUUUGGAGAACAUCUAGAUUUUCAUGAAGCUCAAAAGCUAAGUAGAGAACUAAAUAAAAAAACCAGUCCACCAUUUACUAGCAAUAAUGUAAAGCGAAAACGGAAAUCUAAUUCACCAGUAAAGAAAACAAAAAUGCCAUGUAGAUCAAUUGACUCUUUCUUUAGAUGACAUAUUGUGAAAUGAUAUUAAGUGAUAAUAAAAAUUAAAACACAGUUGCUGUUGUUUCAUGGUGUAUUUAUGAUGUUAAAGAUUUACAUGCUGUAGAUCUCAUUCUGGAUUUUCCUCCACGCGUCGAGAGGUCCGUGCUCAGGGCGGUACUUGACGUUGCAACCGUCAUUAGCUAGGCGACCAUCCUCACGCAGCUUCUCGAAUUCUUCACGCUCGUACUUGGUGAAGCCCCAUUUCUUGGAGACAUAGAUCUGUAAAUUUUCGUUGUAAAUUUAUAACUAUUCUUCAUGCCUUUAGAAGGCAACUUA